AUGUCCAUUCGACCCGUCAAGCACGUCUCCGGCACCACGCCCACCAUGGAAGGCGCCGGGGUCCAUCUGCAUCGCGUCUUCGGCUUCGGCGAUCCGUCCAUGACGGACCCGUUCCUGAUGAUGGAUGAUUUCCGCAACGAUUCGCCCGAAAAGUAUGCGGCAGGUUUCCCGUGGCACCCGCAUCGCGGCAUCGAGACGAUCACCUAUGUACUGGCCGGCUCCGUCGAUCAUGCAGACAGCCUCGGCAAUGCCGGCACGCUCGGCCCGGGCUCGGUCCAGUGGAUGACCGCCGGCUCCGGUAUCCUGCAUCAGGAAAUGCCCAAGGGCGAUACGUCCGGCCGCAUGCACGGUUUCCAGCUCUGGGCGAACCUGCCUUCCGGCGAGAAGAUGACGACGCCGCGCUACCAGGAUAUCUCCGGCGCCGACAUUCCCGAAGUGAUCGACGACGACGGCACGCGCGUCCGCGUCAUCACCGGCGAAUUCUGGGGCAAGAAGGGCCCGGUCGACGGUAUCGCCGCGGACCCGCAAUAUCUCGACGUCUGGGUGCCCCCUCUGACGCGCAAGGCCCUGCCGAUCGACACCUACCGCUCGGCCUUCGCCUAUAUCUUCGAGGGCUCCGGCACGUUCCGCGACGCCUCCAAACCCUUCGGCGUGCUCGUCGAAAAAGAGGUCAAUGGCGAGGAGAUUCAUCUGCGUGACCUGUCCGGAGACCGGACGCUGGUCGUCUUCGACACCGGCGAUGAAGUGGUCGUGCAGUCCGGCGAGAAAGGCAUCCGUUUCCUGUUGGUCACCGGCAAGCCGAUCCAGGAGCCGGUUGCAUGGCACGGCCCGAUCGUCAUGAACACGCAGGAAGAACUGGCCCAGGCCUUCGCCGACCUGCGCUCGGGCAACUUCAUCCGCGAACAGGCGCGGAUGUAG